AUGGCUUACUUCCGGGAUCAUCGACUUGUAAUGUCACGGACCGACACACCCACACCCACACAGACCCCUAGACGAACGCCUACACCUACCCAACGAAGCCUAAGUUCUAUACGAGGUGCCCCAUCGAGCGCAUCAUCCUCUUCAUCACCAUCUGUAUUCGAGCCUUCAUCGCCACCAGGUUCCAGUUCAUCUAUAUCAUCGCCCCCACCUUUACCAGACGCAUCUCGAAGCUACUCGCAACAGGCCCGAUUCAGAUCUACGGUUACCGCGACUUCACGGAUAUCCUUCCUCGGAUCCCGGCCCGCACGUUGCAUCCGUGCCCGUUACCAACGCCGAAUCCCAGCGGUCCCGGCGAGCGCCUUCUACCCUCCCCCUCCCGCACCUUCUGACUGGCCGCCUCCGCCAUCGUCACGCACAGUCCUAGACCCUUCUGUCCCUGAGGAGCCGAGCUAUCCGGAGACUGCUCCGACACAUCCGAUUGCCGGUCCGAGCUUUCUUCCGGCACUCCACCCCCACCCCCUCCCCCGCCUUCGUUCUCGCUCCGCCUCUCGCUCGCGCUACCCACCCCCCAUCACUAGACGCUCACCGACGUUUCCGUACCCUAAGCUUUCCCAGUCCCCUACACCACUCUUUAUGGCCGAGACUGAGGCCCAACAGGAGCCCGUUGCCGCGGGGCUUGAAGCCCAUGAAAAUCAGGCAACUCACUCGCCUCCCGACGAGGCCAUCAAUGCCGCCCUUACUCUCGACAAGAGCAAGAUUCCCCGUCCUUACAAAUGCCCUGUUUGCAGUAGAGCAUUUUACCGCCUGGAACACCAGACGCGACACAUCCGCACCCACACGGGCGAAAAGCCGCACAUGUGUACGCAUCCCGGCUGCGAGAAGCGCUUUUCCCGCUCCGACGAGCUCACUCGCCAUGCCCGCAUCCACACCAACCCCCAGAAACGUGGGAAACAAAAGGCCAAGAGUAACCCCAACUCGGACAACGAGAUGGAACAGCACGAUUUUGUUCCCUCUUCGCGCCGUGGCUCGCCCACGUUUCAGCAACGCACACCACCUAGUCCAGGCUAUGCCCACCCCGCAUCGUCAUCUUCGCACAUGGUCAUGCCCCAUGCAGGCUUCCUCCCCCAGGGCGUGCCCGGUGUUCCAGGCCAUCCUCAGUUUGGUCAGUCGACAGAUUUGUCAGCCCUCUCUGCCAUCGCUGCCGAUGAACUCUACGAAUUAGAGCGCACCGAAGCCCUUCGUCGCCACGAGUUUGAGAUUCGUCACCGUGAGAUGCUCCUCAACCGCGGCCGAAGCAAAAGUGCUGGGACGAGUCCGGUCCAGACUCCUUACAUGAGCGCCAUUGGCGGAAAUGGCAUGAGUGUGCCACAUAUCGGCCAGGCACUUGGAGCCCCAGCGAUCGGCGUCGGCGCUCAACCAGGGUACUUUUCGAUGCCAGGCACCACACUUGUCCCUCUUACGCAAAUGCACUCGCGCAAUGCCAUGUCCCAUGACGAUUUGGGCAAGCUCCGCCGCGGCCCAAGUUCAAUGUCGAUGAUGGAACAUCGUAAUUCGCUUCUGGAACAACGUGCUGCUGCCUUGGACCGUAACGGCCAGACUGGUCCCGGAAGAAUAAUGCCCGGCUCGAUGGUGAUCGAACACCGCCAGGGUCCAUUCUUAGACUCGCGCUCCCCUCCCACAGGCUCGCCCGAGUCAUUUGACGAGCACGGAGCUGAGAGUGUGCCAAGUCGUGCGCCUAGCCCUGGGCAUGUUCAAGACCGUCGGGCCUCGCAUCGCGCCCAUCCUUAUGCACACGGGCAACACCAUCACGGUUACAACGCCAAUUCGAGCAAUGCGACCAUCAAAUCAGAAAUGUAUUCGCCCGGCUAUUCCACCAAGGCUUCGGACAAUAAGCAAUCGCGCAACCGUGUCGAAGACAUCCUCAACCCGAGCUCCGGUUCACGCACGAAUCUGAACGUCAACACGAGCGCAGAUCGUACCCUCCCGCCUCUUCCAACCCCGGCUUCCUCCUCAGUCGGCUCGAUGUCCGGGAUGGGAUUUUCCGCUUCGACCAGCAACCCCAGCAGCGCUUCCUUUACGGCCUACCGAAGUCCCGCGUUUGGGUACAUCACCGCCCCGACAAGCGAAGCCAACUCGCCAAUGGGUUCCCGUCCCGCGUCGCCAACGCACUCGUAUCACCCGCAUUCGUACCACGGCCACUCUCCUCACUCUCACCUUGCGCACUCGGUCAGGGCUGCGUUUGAAAUGACACCCAUCAAGCCUGCCGGAAAUGAAGGAUGGUAUGGAGGAGCAGGAGUAAAUGGUGCGGGGACCGGUACCUCGGCGUUCUCGCCCAUCCUCGCCUUCGACAUUACCGAAUGCAGCGUCGAACACGAAUGCGACGCGUCCGUUGAACGCGACUCCUCGGGCGGGGUUCAGACCGCUCAGGAUGGCAACAUCGACAACGACAGCGGGUUCGCGGCCGACGAGCACGAUUGGUGGCGCAUCGAGGCCAACGAGUGUAGUCGGUGCAUCCAGACCCACGAGUAUAAUUGGCAGUCCAUCUGGCCUGUCUCCCCGCAGCGAAAACAAUCCGAUUCCGAGAAGCAACUCGCCCGCACCUCGACUUGGCACAAUCCAGAAGAUUGGAAGGGGAAAGACUGUCGAUAUCGGUUCACCCCGGAAGCGCGCACCAACUCGCUUUACAGUCUCAAAGCCGAGUCGGAUAGCACACAGUCACCGAGGAGCACGAGCGUACCGCUUGUCGAUGAGCCGCUUGGGAUACAGCACACCGAGUCUCCCGUAGCGAGUCCGACGUCGAACACGGCUGCUUUUGCCUCUUUAAGCGCUGCACUUGGUCUAGAUAUCAACGGAGACAGCAAUACACCGCCCUCGCCCUCGACGGCCGGUUUGCGUUUGGGUCUCAGUCGUUCUUCGUCUGGGUAUUCAGAUGUCGUUAUCGACGACGAUGACGACACUGGCAGUCGCGUUGGAGUCGCGAUUGCAGAUAGCGAUGUUCCCAACAGUGCGCAAACCGCAACAUUCCCUAUUUCGCCUGUUCCCCCUCCUAUCAUCGGCGCGCCUCCCAGUCCUGGCAACGGCAAGACGAGAAAAGAGACGCGCCAACCGACUCGUCUCGAUUCGAUUAAUCUCAACUCGGAGGGUGUGGGCUCACCCCCUACGCUAGUAGACACUCCCCAGCUCCAGCCCGUUGACCUCGGCUCUUCUGAAUCCAAGGAAGAGUCGUCUCAAGCUCAAUCCGCCGACUUGGACAAAAAGAACGAGACAGAACGUGUGCAGUCGCAACAUUCAGAUACAUGGAUCUCGAGACAGUCGACUCUUUCGACAAUGACUACCCUCAGUCUUGGUGGAAAGAGCAUCACCAGCAGUAGCGCCGAAUCAACUGAUUCUGCUCGUGCUCGAAAGGUCCGUCCCGACUCGCUCUUGCUUACUGUCAAACCGGGCGAACCCCCGUUGAUCUACUGCGUUGCCGUUGUCGACUUUAACCACCUGGUCGGCCACCCCUCCGACCCAGAUUCCCCAGCAGUCGAGCCCAACACGCUGCUCGCAGAUCCGGCAAUCCAACGCAUAUUACCGUUCUUGGCCCUGCCCGAUGGUGCACAUUUGAGCGCCGAGGACUAUACGUACUUCCACGUUAUCCAAGGAAUGAAGGAAGACGGAUCGAUGGAAGGUGACAUUCAAGGUGGAGAUACCGUCUUUGGAAUUUCGUGCAAUCGGCAACUAGCUACCUCGGAGCUCCUGACACGUAGCGCGGAUGUGACGCGCUCGACGGUCCAGAAAGCACUGGUUGUCCUCGCAAGGAAACCGCUUUUCGGUGCUAUACGGGACCGGCUGGGUGUUGUAACCAGGGCGUUUUUCGGACAACGGGAUUUUAGCGAGACGGGCAUCCUUGUCGAUUUUUAUCAUUCGCUCGAAAAGUCGUUGAGGAGUCAAUUAACGGAGAGCAGCCUUUACAUGGGUACCAGCCUGAGGGAACUCUUGCACAAAUUUAGGCAUCGGACGUUGACGUUGCUUAAAUUGUUAAUGCUUCAAAAGCGGAUCAUGUUUUACGGCACCCCGUGGAGCGUCUAUGCACUUACCAGUACUCGCUGGUGUCCCUUGUUCCUGCUCGAGACCGGCACGUUUGAGUUUUCCAAUCCUACCGCCGAACGUCAGGGCGCUCUGACCGCUGCUGAUCGCAAGUUUAUCGAUGAUCUUGUGAAAGACGUGAAUGAAGGGUGGAAUGACGCGGACCCAAGCCGUCCGCUCGGGAUGCAGUUCAAGGGAAGUGAUGACUACUUGCGAGCCAAGUUUGAAGAAUACAUCUACACGGCUCUUUCGACCGUCAAGUACGCCGACUUUUUGAACAAGGGCAAGCAGAGUGAAGUGCUUGUCCCUGGGACUGCCUCCGAAUCUUCUGUGCCAUACUUUAAUGAAGCGUGGGUCGCGGGAUUCCGGACGACUCGAGCAUACGAUCAGUGGAAUCGUAUUACGGAUCCCGUCCUCUUUGAUAUUAUCGAGCCGAAGCAUCCAUGUGCGGGCCAAGUAACUCUCGCAAGCGAUCUUGGGCUGCGAAUUUCUGAAGGUCUGAACGAUCUUAGGCUCGAGGAGAAUCUUGGCCCUACACGAGACCGAAUUUCUAACGUAAUUUCUAUGGGCUCUGCAGGAUUUUUCAAGGCGGUUGAAGGUUUUAGAAGCGACGUUAGUUCCCGCAUGGCCGCUCAACGUGCGGCCGCAGCUGCUGCCGAAGGAGCCGACUCUCAUUCGACGUCUGAUCCUGGUGCUGUCAAGGCUGCUCAGUCUGCGACGCCAAUGUCACCACCGAUCAAACCAGUCGAUGCGAUUGCGGCUCCUGCUUUGGCUUCAGAACCGGCGACGAACCGUCUUCGUCCCCGGCUCCGGCUUCGACUUCAGCUCCACUCCAACUCCAGCUACGGCUCCAGCUGCAGCUGCAGCUCCGCGUCGACUGGCGGUGCUCCAGCUGGCACCGCGUCUGCACCUGGUACACCCGAGGUGAAACCUACAGAUGUUACCAAGUAG